CUAAGGCAUGUCCGGUUCGGUUAACGCGUGAAGAGCAGGAUCACGAGUACCAAGGUGCUGUCUUCCAGUAAAUGAUAAAUUUGACCUACGCUAAACUAAUGGAGAGUGAAGGCGUGAGGACUGACCCCCAGCUUCAGCAAUUCAUUGAAAUUGAGUCUCAAAAGCAAAGGUUUCAGCAGCUGGUACACCAAAUGACAGAAGUCUGUUGGGAGAAAUGCAUGGAUAAGCCUGGUCCGAAGCUUGACUCAAGGACAGAAGUAUGUUUUCUCAAUUGUGUUGAACGUUUCAUUGACACAAGCCAAUUCAUCCUCAACAGACUUGAACACACUCAGAAGACAAGAGACUCCUUCUCAGACACCAUAACAGACUAACUGGAACCUGUGACCAGAACAGACCUCAUCUGUUCCCACACCCCUUGUGAAAUAACGGUCAUUAAACAGUCAAAGAAAACAUUUUCAUUCUCUCAAAGUGCCUGAUUAUUGUGUAACAUAAUAUUUAGAAGAAUCUUGAUUUAGAAAUAGAUAAGUAUGAACAUAUUGUACAGGAGGCUUCUGUCUCUUUGACGGCUAAAGGUGCAAGUAAGGGAAGAAGGAAAACAUGAAACCUCCCUUAAAAUUUAUAAUGUGUAACCAACUCCAGGGCAGAAGUCUGGAUAUAGCACAAAUUUAAGCAUUACAAUGCUUUAUAAUGGAAAUAUGUUUAUUGAGAACAUAAUUGCUUACAUCAAUUCAUUGUUACAUGUUUAUUCAUGUGUUUUCUGUAUUUAAAGUCAAGAGUUUUAUUUAGAACCCUAAUGUAUCCCAUAUACUCCUGUUUAUACUUAUACUUAUUAUUAUUAUUAUUAGGGGCUGAGCCCCGAAGGAGCACCUAUUGUAUCCGUUAGUUUUCCUGUUCUUCUUCCCCACUGGGAGUCUAUGGCAGCCCUAAGAACCGUAAGCAGGAAAAUGAUGAAAUUUGGCACACUCAUAGAUAUGACCAUUACUAGUAUCUGUACCAAUUAUGGGCUCUCUAUGACCAACUCUAUAGCGCCACCCCUAGUUCAAAAUUUCACUUCAAAUGGUUAUAAUUGUUGAACACUUUGUCCUAGAGAAAAUAAAUUUAGUUCAUCAGAUAACUCUUAUGGUUACAUUCCAUACCUUACAUUAAGACUCCACCCAUUACAGUAGUCACCAUAUUGAAAUGUACACUAUUCAGUUUUUUGACGACUACUUGUUGAAAUUUUGUCCCAUUCUUACCAAAAUUGACUCAGAUGAUCAAUGGACCGAGCUGUACUAAAAUAACUGAACAGAACAAAAAGUUAUGAUGUCACAAAUUUUAAAAUGUUGACCCAAAAUUGGAUCAGAGGCUGUAUCUCAGCCAUACUUUGAUCAAUCGUAGUGAAACUUGGUACCCUUCAUCAGCAGCAUGGUCUUAGGGUCUGUAUUGAUUUUUUAGAACAGUGUCAACCUACGGAUCAUGAGAUUUGAAAAAUGAUUAUUUUUUAUUAUAACCUUUUGAAUAGUUCGUUUGAAAAUUAUGAUUUCUUCUGAUUCAUUGGGUCAUGGUGAAUCCAUGGAUACCAUUUUUGCCAGGAUCAGACGAACCGCCUGCCCUUUAAAGUGUUUGACGUAUCGGCACAAAAUUAGUGAUCAUUCAAUGCAUGUUCUUUAGGUACCUGAGAAAUUUGAGCUCAGCACCACCUAGUGUUCUAGAGAUAUAAGGUUUUUUUUUUAUUGUGUGCUCAUUCUCAGCUUGGAAGCUCUCCUCAGCAUCAAAACAAAUGUGCGGUCUUUGUGUGAUGCACUGUGGAAAAUGACAAGAACCAAUUCUAAAGGGCUUGGGUUCGAUUUUUGUGUGGUGCAACUUCUUAAAAGUGUGUGUAAUGUCAUUUGAUUCCUUUCUUUUGUGGUUCAGCAUUGAACUAACCUUUCAACCUCUUGGCAUGCAAAUAAUUGCCUCUGUUCUGUUCAAUUUCCUGUUUAAGCUUAUUCUUGGCUAUGCUUCUGAACCCAUCUUUUAUUCAUUCAUGUACAUUCUAUUGUUCCUCUUCGUGUUGUUCAGGCUCAGCACUGCACUUUCUGCACCUUUGGAGCUUGGCCCUGUUAAUCGAUGCUUGCAUCUUUUAUUAUUAUUAUUAUUAUUAUUAUUAUUAUUAAAUAGCCUUAUUUAGUUUCAACUGUAAGCUGUGUAAGACACUU